UCUGUUCUUCUUCUCUUGCGUCUGUUCUGUUGCAGUGAGGGUGAUGGGAAUCAUGGCGGAAGGAGAAAGGGGAGGGGGAGGAGGAGGGUGUUGAUUUUCUUUCGGGCGCACUCUUAUUUUUGGGGUUUUGCUUUUGGGUGUUUUCUGUUUUUUGGUGGGGAGAUGGGAGAGAGCGUUGGGGAGGACGUGGAGCUGAGGUUGGGGCUGUCCAUCGGUGGCGGCUUCAUGCAACCCGGGGACGGGAAGAAAGGGGGCGACGGUUUCUUCUGCGGCCGGCGGAACGACGCGGAGGUGUGCGGUGAGAGCAAGGAGGAGGCGGAGGAGUUGAUGGAGCAGCGGCGGAGGAAGGAGCUGCACGCCCUCAGGCGGCAGGCGGCUCGGCGGAAGCGCGAGGAGAAGCGGGGAGCGAUGAAGGCGAGGGACGGGAAGAGGGCGAGGGGAGGAGAAGAGACGGGGGAGGGAGCAGCGGCCGGAGAAGGCGGGGGGAUUAAGAGGGAGGGGUGCACGCCGAGCGGCUUUCCGGCGCUUCCGAUGAUGCAGUAUGUGGUGCAGAAUGGGGACAAGGUUCAGUAUAUUCCGGUGGCACCCGGUUGCUCGUUUCCUUAUGUGGUGCCUUGCUGGCCUGCUUCUUCUCCGUCUCCUAUUCUUGCCCCCAAGUCUGAUGCGAGGAGCGAUGCCCUGUUUUUGCCGGUACCAUACAGGUCGUUUCCCUCUGAAGCUGCUGCUGGCGCUAGUAUGCGGCCAGGGCCGCCAUCUUCGUCUGUUUCAGGCGGGUGCCGCUCCUCUGCGGCUUCUGACUCCAAGAGCGGAGGAGGGAGCACCGGCGAGUCGAGAAGCCAGAGCCAUUCGAGCAAUCCUCCAUCCCAGCAGCUCAGGCAGGGUAGUGUCUCGUCUCAAGCUCGGUCGGAAGCUGUCGACAAUGCCGACGUCAACGCAUCCGCUGCGCAGCUGAACGGAUCGCCGGCGGCAGCGGAGAACUGUGAAAGGGUUACUUCUGAUGGUAACGAGAAGCCGCGUGGACGAUCCGUGCCGGCAAUGCGGGAAGAAGGGGAGAAGGGGCGGAAGGAGCCAAGCUUGCCGCAAAUGCCUUGUGUAUCGACCACCGGCGACGGCCCAAACGGGAAGACCAUUACGGGCUUCCUGUACCGGUACACCAAGAGCGAGGUGAGCAUCAUGUGCGUCUGCCAUGGUGCCUCUUUCUCGCCGGCUGAGUUCAUUAAGCAUGCCGGAGGCACCGAUACCGUCCACCCCCUGCGCCAUAUAAUCGUCGUUCCUUCCUCUGCUGACUGACAUACACUGUUGUUCUUCAUUUUCCUUUUCUUUUUCCCUGCUUAUUUUGCUCUGCAAUUGCUGUCUUCAUGUUGGAGAGCUCUUUUUCUGCCUGUGCAUUUUGGAAGGGUUGUUUUCUGAAUCAUGGUGGGGGCUGCCAUCUGGGUGUUAAGCGGGACACUACUAACUGUAUAUGAAUUAAAAAUUUCCUGAACUUCUCUUA